GGGAAACCCCGUAGAUUAUACAAUCUGUCACUCCAGCGCUUGAGAGCAUCGCCAUUUUUGUUGUGUUCUCGUUGGGCUUCACGUCUUUAUUUUCUUAUUUUUAGCUAAAGCCGUGAAAUAGCUACUCUGAUGGCAGAAACAGAACAACAAAUGGGUGAGGAGACAAACUCAGAACAGGUCCAGCCUGUUGCUGGAGAGGAAGAGCCAAUGGAGUCAGCAGAGACUGUUGUUCAUAGUGAGGACUAUGACAAGCUGACAGAAGCAGGACUUGCAGAAGUUGUUGCAGAGAAUUUGGACAAGAUUUACCAAUCGGGUACUCUUACUCAUGGAGAAUUAGAUGAGAGAGCACUGGAUGCACUGAAAGAAUUCAACGAAGAAGGGGCAUUAGCCGUCUUGAAACAAUUUUCUGAAAGUGACUUGUCACAUGUGAACAACAAGAGUGCCUUCCUUUGUGGUGUAAUGAAGACAUAUAGACAGAGGGCAAAACUCAAACAAUCUACAGCUGCAGAUGCAAGACCAGGACCAGAUGAAGCAAAGUUGAAAGAAAUUCUAGACAGGACAGGAUAUUCACUGGAUGUUACAACUGGACAAAGAAAAUAUGGAGGACCUCCACCUGACUGGGAUGGCCCAGCACCAUCUGGAGAUGCAGAGGGCCAGCACUCCAGUGGUUCUCCUUUGUUCCGACAGCAAGUUUUUGUUGGCAAGAUUCCAAGAGAUAUGUUCGAAGAUGAGAUAAUUCCAUUAUUUGAGAAAUGUGGAAAAAUCUGGGAUCUUAGACUUAUGAUGGAUCCUCUAUCUGGUUUGAAUCGUGGCUAUGCCUUUGUGACUUUCUGCGAUAGAGAAGGCGCACAAGAAGCUGUGAAACAGCUUGACAAUCAUGAAAUUAGAAAAGGAAAACACUUGGGUGUGUGCAUAUCUGUUGCCAAUCACAGACUAUUUGUUGGUUCCAUUCCAAAAACAAAGUCAAAAGAUGAAAUAUUAGAGGAAUUCAAUAAACAUGUUGGUGGUCUGACAGACGUUAUCAUCUACCACAUGCCAGAAGACAGAAAAAAGAACAGAGGUUUUGCAUUCUUACAUUUUGAGUCUCACAAAGCAGCUUCUCUAGCCAGGAGAAGGUUGAUGAGUGGGCGUAUCAAGGUUUGGGGUAACUCAAAUGUUACUGUAGAUUGGGCAGAUCCACAAGAAGAACCAGAUGAAGAAACAAUGGCAAAGGUAAAAGUUCUGUAUGUAAGAAACUUGACUCCAGAUGCCGAGGAAGAGAAAUUAAAGGAGGCUUUUCAAGCCUUCGGUACUGUAGAAAGGGUAAAGAAAUUGAAAGAUUACUGCUUUGUCCACUUCGAAGAGAGAGAUGCUGCAGUAAAGGCCAUGGAAGAACUGAACGGUAAAGAAGUUGAAGGUUCAGUUGUUGAUAUUUCUCUGGCAAAACCACCAUCUGAAAACAAAAAGAAAAAAGAAAGACAACAGACCAGAGGAGGCAGAUCAUCAAACAGGUGGGAUGAUGAUUAUUAUGGAGGUGGAAGAGGCCGUGGUGGUAUGAGAGGUCGAGGUGGUUAUGACCGUGGUGGCUAUGAUCGCGAUUAUGGAUAUGGUGGAUACGACGACUACUACGGUGGUUACGAUGAUUACCGUGGUGGUAGUUAUGAUGAUUCCUACUAUGAUGGAUAUUAUGGCGGUGGAUAUGGAGAUAGAGGAGAAUAUGGCGGAUAUGGUGGUGGUUAUGGCAGAGAAUUGAGAGGGGGACGUGGUGGUGCUAUGCGUGCACGUGGUGGAUCGUCUCGAGGACGUAGUGGGUAUCCAAUGCGUGGUGGUCCGAUGGGUGGAAGAGGCACUUAUGGCAAUAGGGGAGGCCAAGGAUUGCGUUCACGUGGUCGUGGUUUAGGAAUUCAGUCUGGUGGCAGAGGACGUGGUGGGUUCAUGGGAAAACGCAAGGCGGAUACACAAAAUACAGGUGACUCGAAACGCCGGUUCACCCAAAAUCUAAACAGCCAGAAUUGGGGAGCCCAGCCAAUAGCUCAGCAGCCUUUGGAGCAGGAUUACAGCAGCGGUUAUGGGUACGGUUCUGGAGGUGACCAACAAUGGUAUCAGGAUUCCUUUAGCCAACCCUGGAAGUAAAUCCAACAAAAUAUUCAUUCAUCAUAUUGAUGCGGCCAUUUGUCAUUUUAUUUGGAAGUCCAUCAACAACAUCCGAAAUCAACACCAAAUUGAUCACCGAAUGUCUCCAAAUUGAUCGUCCAGGUUCAGUCUACAUCAGAUUGAAAGGAGUUUACAAAAAUUCUCACUUCCCUAGCUGAUUUGCUUCUGUUUUAUGGGAGAUAGCAUUCUCUCCUCCUGCCUGAAGAUUUGAUUGACUAAAUAUUCUAGAUAUGAAGAUAAACUGAUUCCACUACCAGAGCAAAGGGCACAAAAUUAGCCAUGUACUCUGCACCAGUGAAAAACACUCGCAUAGUUUCAAACGACAUUAUUGUCAUUAUAUUCGCAGACUUUAUUUGGCAUCCCGUUUUCAUUUAUAUAACCAGCUGACAUUGACUAUUUUUUGACUCUUCAAAAAACUUUGAUUUUAUCUGGUCUUGUGAAAAGUUCAUACCCUUUGUAAAUACUAGAAUACAUAGGACAGUUUUCUGUGGCCGUAGCUUUAUCUUACGAACAUUUCACCAUUUAUAUCGAUAUUAUGUAUUUUUGUUUAGACUAAUAUUUAGUUGCAAAGUAAAAAAAAAAUGUGGUUAGGUAUUUAAAAUAUUGUAAUUGUGUACUAUUUCGAUGAUUACUAUACAUAAAACUAAGUUUUUGAUGGUAAACAUGCAUAUAUUAGUUACAUAAGUAGAAUGGCAGGAGAAUUGUUAUUCGGCAAUUUUGUCUGUCACAUGAUCAAGAGUACGUAAUUAAAAGUCUCUAAAGGUAAAGUUUUUAGGCUUUGAAUAUUUUAAAAUUUGUGUGAAAUGUUUUAGCUUGUCUGUCAUAUUUUCCUACUUUAUGCUUUUGGCACAUUUUGAAAAAAAAAAUGAAAGCCAAAUCAGUUCUCGAUUAAUGAUUGGCAAACUGAAUUGUACGUUCUUGUAUUCAAUACUCGUCUGUCAUACUUAAAUGCCCAAUAAAAAACCAAGUUUAGAUGUUACAAAAAACAUAAAAAACUA